AUGAAGUUCAUCGACAUCCUCACCACCGUUCCACCAGAGCAGGCAUCUUUAAGUUUCUUCGCCUCUUUACCAUGCAGCUUCCCAUAUUUGAACGGCUCCAGCUCCUACCAGCCUAUCACAUUACCAUCUAGAUACAAGAAAAGCGACCCAUCGGACACCUUCUUCAGCGAAACAAUGAACACUCCUAAUACGUUCCCGCACAUUCUUGCAUUCAUCAGGAAGGAAAUCUUACGAAGUAACCGUCCUGCAUGGGAGAAUCGGGAUCGAGAGCAGAUUGGGCCAGAUAUCGUCAUACUCGUACACCUGGGUUCAGGAGGAAAUGGGUUCCGCGACACCGUCCACGGUGGCGUACUCGGCGCACUUCUCGACGAAGCACUAGCAUGCUGUAUCGAAUUUUGGGCCUGUCAGCUCCACAACAGUGAACCAGCAUCCUCGGAGACGCGACUACGCUUGUAUACAGCUAACCUUAAUACCUCAUAUCGUGCGCCAGUAGAAUCACCGGGCAUCAUUCUCGUUCACGCCUGGCUUAAAAGCAGGCAGGGCAGGAAGUGGUUUUUAGCCGCCAAGAUUCUAGGGGAAGAUAAUCGCACUCGAGCGGAGGCUUCGGCCUUAUGGGUCAGUGAAAGGGCUACCGCCAUGUAA